UAAAAUAAAACGCUGGGAAGUUUAUAAAUGCAAUAGAUGCUCUUUACUCAUUGUUGUUUCUAUUAGCAUCACCAUUCUUGAGUGGUUUGAAAACGUUAGAGAGGAGCUUUACAACAGGCAUGGAGACAGCCUCAGACUACGGAGCAUUCAUGGAGAAAUUCACUUUACCACCAAAUUCUGCACCCGCUCUUUCUCCCAAUUCACUCACUUUUGCAGUCAAAGAGAUAUUUGACGUGGAAGGAUAUGUGACCGGCUUCGGGAAUCCUGACUGGGCAAGGACUCAUCCUGUGGCUACCUCUACCGCUCCAACAGUUUUGGCUCUCCUCAGAGCAGGUGCCACUUGUGUCGGUAAAACUGUCAUGGAUGAAAUGGCUUACAGUAUAAAUGGAGAAAAUAUACAUUAUGGCACGCCUAGAAAUCCUUGUGCAGCAGAUCGGGUUCCUGGAGGAUCUUCUAGUGGCUCUGCUGUUGCAGUUGGUGCAAAGCUUGUGGAUUUCUCACUAGGAACUGAUACCGGAGGAAGUGUAAGAGUGCCUGCAUCGUACUGUGGGAUUUUUGGUUUUCGUCCUUCUCAUGGUGCUAUCUCAGUAUCAGGAGUUAUCCCUAUGGCACAAAGUUUCGACACUGUAGGAUGGUUUGCCAGGGAUCCAGUGGUUUUGAGCAAAGUAGGACGUGUAAUUCUACAAUUGUCAGAUGCAGCACCAAUUAGACCUACUAGCAUUAUCAUUGCAGAGGACUGUUUCCAGCUUUCAAGCAUUCCAUAUGAUGUAGUUACACCACCUGUCAUCAAAGCAGUAGAGAAGUUAUACGGAGGGGAUGUAUUAAAGCACGAAAUCCUUGGCAACUAUGUGAAGACCAACGUUCCAAGUUUGGAACAUUUCAUGAGUAAAGAGAAUACAGACCAAAUAUAUAACAUUCCAUCAUUGGCUGCACUUUCAAGUGCCAUGCGGUUGCUUCAAAUGUAUGAAUUCAAGAAUAACCAUGGUGAAUGGAUCAGAGCAGUUAAACCUGAUUUAGGUCCUGGAAUCUCAGAACGUGUAUCAACUGCCUUGAGGACAACAGGGGAGAACAUUGAUAUCUGUUAUUCUAUAAAAAAGGAACUGCAUGAUGCUCUUACUGCACUUCUUGGGGAUUUUGGUGUUCUCAUGAUCCCCACAGUUCCAGGGAAUCCCCCAAAACUACAAAUGAAUUCAUCUGAAUUAGAAAUUUUUCGUGCAAGGGCAUUUAGCCUUCUGUCCAUUGCUGGAGUAUCGGGAUUUUGUCAGGUAAGCGUACCACUAGGGAUGUAUAAUAACCUUCCCCUAUCAAUUUCUCUGCUGGCCAGAGAUGGUGCAGAUGGAUUUUUGCUUCACCUUGUUGAGAGUCUUUAUGACAGCAUUAAAGAAUAGAAAGCAGCAUAGCAGAGUGCACAAGUUACCUCCAUUUGACUGCAAGGAUGUUGAUGUUUACUUUUAAAAAAAUCAGGGCAAAGAAUUUAUGGAAGCUUUGAGAUCCUUUGUGCAAUACACAUAUUUUAGUUCCUCUUUAUGUGCUUGUUCGAGCACUUCUGUGAUUUGUGAGCAAAAAAUCUUUUGCAGAUGCUAUGAAUAUGCAUACUAUGCCAAAGGUGGGAGAGAAGCACGACCUGAACUAUGGACAUAAAUUAAAGUAGAGAAAUAGUAUAAUGGAAAUUCUUGCUUAAGUACGAAAAUUAAACUUGCAGCAAUCUUACAAGCACUUAGCAUUGA